AUGGAAAAUCACUCCUCGGACAGCAGAGAUCCAGCAGCAUUUCUUUCCAGCAUCAUCGGCGCUCCUGUCACGGUCAAAUUAAACUCAGGCGUGGUAUACAAGGGCGAGCUACAAUCUGUUGACGGCUACAUGAAUAUCGCGCUCGAGAAAUGUGCCGAAUAUGUUAAUGGUCAGCUACGAAGGAAUUACGGUGAUGCUUUUGUGCGAGGAAAUAAUGUUCUCUACAUAUCGGCCUGA